UGCUUGGAUUGUGUAGGUUACCUUAGGUCCAUAUCGCCUUGAUGAUUUGAAUGAGGCUAUUCUGUUCACCCAGAGUGGUUAUGUAGGAAAGGGGUAUCAGUGUAUCAGACCUGUGAACAACAUUCAAUUCAAUCUGGAAGCCGUGCUUGAAGUUGAUAAACAUCAUCGCGGACUCUAUGAAGGAGCAGAGAUUGCUCUGUUCAAAUGGAACAAAAAAGAGAAUCAGAAAUGGAAGAUCACUCCCAUCUUGAGCUCAUCCCAUGGAGCAUCUCGGCCUGGUUCAUUACCUCCUCAAUCUAGUGGGGAGGAGCCUCAGGCUCCAUCAGUUAGGGUUUAUUGCGAAGCCAAUCCAAACUUUUUCAUGGCUGCCCGGGGCCAUCUUGCAACACUUGCUUUAGGAAUCCCACAUGAUCCCCACCAGCAAUGGAUCAAAGUGGAUUCAUGGGGGCUUAAAGUGAAGGAUGAAGUUGGAUUCCCAGCCUUUGCAUUGGUGAAUAAGGCUACAAAGCAGGCUCUAAAACAUGGAAAUCAAGAGUGGGAUCAGAUAUACUUGGCAGAUUACAACCCCAACAAGUUGGAUGAAUCAGUUCUAUGGACCCAAAGUGAAGAUGUUGAGCAUGGUUACCAAUGCCUUAGGCCUGUAAACAACAUCCGUCUCAAUAUGGAUGCCAAAGGAGCUAAUGGUGAAACUGGUGGAAUCCAUCAUGGAAAUGAGCUCAUUCUCUUCAGCUGGAAUAAGCAAAGCAACCAGAAAUGGAGGCUGCGGCCUCUUUAGAGGAAGGAAGGUUUUGGCUUGGUGAAUUUCAACUAAAGGAGGAGGAGCUGCAAUAGUUUAGAUCUGCUUUUUGUCAGCAUGUUUUUGGCUCACGAUGUGACGAGGGAGAUCUAAAGAAGGCAUUAUGGCUAGUAAUAUGUUGGACAUUGGAUUGUAUGUUUAGAAAAAUAUCUCAACAAAUAUGUCAAUCGAAUAGAUUUCUAUUUUGGGGUACCAUAAUAAUA